GUCGCCACCGGCUCCUGCGCUGAAAGAGAGGCAGAAAGCAUCAUCAAAACACUGGCGAGCUGCUUCCUCUGCCCAGAUAUCAAACACACAGCUGGGAAUUUAGAGGUUAAAUUACAAAAAAAAAAAAAAAAAAAGUCGGCGGCGAGAGAGAACAUUGGAGGUUGUGCGCCAAGGAGCCUGUGAGGGACGCGCAUCCAUCCGUGCAGAAGCAGCCGUAGUAGUGGCAGGAGCAGAUUCGACUGUUUUCCCCGGUGCUCCACACACCCUGUGCCUUUGAAAACAGCAGCGGGGAGGAGAGAGGGACCAGAGAGGAGGCUGUUCAGAGAGGAGGAGGACCAUGGACGGGAUGCAGGCAUACGGAGCCGGGAAAGCCGGAGGAGCCUUCGACCCCGUCACCUUCCUCCAGCAGCCUCAGACCGUUCUCCGCAUAGUGUCUUGGCUCUUCUCCAUCGUGAUCUUCGGUUGUAUUGCUAACGAGGGCUACAUCAACAGCCCCAAAGAGGUGGAGGAGCACUGCAUCUUCAACCGCAACCAAAACGCCUGCAAUUAUGGCGUCUUCAUGGGCUCCAUGGCCUUUCUCUGCUGCGUGGCCUUCCUGGCUCUGGACGUCUACUUCCCCCAGAUCAGCAGCGUCAAAGACCGCAAAAAGGCUGUGCUGGCUGAUAUUGGGGUGUCAGCGUUUUGGUCCUUCAUGUGGUUCGUGGGUUUCUGUUUCUUGGCCAACCAGUGGCAGAUGGCCAAGCAGGAGGAGAACCCCCUGAGGGAGGGUGGAGACGCUGCCCGGGCUGCCAUCACCUUCUCCUUCUUCUCCAUCUUCACCUGGGCGGGCCAGUCCUUCCUGGCCUUCCAGAGAUACAAGCUGGGGGCCGACUCAGCCCUCUUCUCCCAGGACUACACGGACCCCAGCCAGGAUGCAGCCGGAGCCCCCUACACCUCCUUGGGCGGGGACGACAUGGAGAGCCCAGGGGGAGGAGGCGGUCAGGCCAACAGCGACGGGGCCUUUGACGGCACUUCAGGCUAUCAGCGUCAAGACUACUGAGAUGUUGGGAGCAGAUAGAUGUUGGAUCUGGAUGAAGUUGCCCAAAGUUUCUAAUUUGAAGUCGUAUCUGUAUUGUUUCUGUCUCACUAACAAUCAAACUGACCCAAUCUGGGAUCAGUAACUGGGUUAACUCACCAAAUUGCUGUUUUGAUGUAAUGAUGCAAAUGUGGCCCUGAAACUGUUGUGUGUGCGAAACGGCGUCCAUGUAACAUUCAAAACUGCAAAGAAUACUCUUAUUAAUAAUGAUCAGGAUUGUAUACAGUUGAAAUGAGGGAGGCAGUUUGCAACCAGACAGUAUUUAGUGUGGGUAAAUAGCAAAAAUUAAACCAAACAGUCCGUGAACAUGAGAUAAAGUUAACCCAGUGGUUUUUGCUACAUGUUUUGUAUGCAGCAAUCACAGGGAAGACAUUAGUAUGAAUUAUUUGGCUGAUUUCCAUCUGUUCAUGUAGGAUGGAUAACUGUUUGUCUCUUUGUCAGAAAUCUUGGGCAUCUUUUCAGAUUUUGGAGGUGUGGGUAACGGCUUGGAACAGGACAAAAUCUCACUUAGGUGUCUGCAGUAAAAUAGCAUCAGGAGGUUCAAGACAUCCGUGGGAAGGGGUUGUGGGAGACAGAAAGAUGCUGGGUUCGACUGCAGGUGUUGGGGAGGGUCGGGGUCUAAGAAACAAUGGGUCGGGAUUCAGGGGUUUGCAGAAGUGGUCACCCUGUAGCAGAUCAAUGCUUGUGACCACAUUGCCUUCAUGUUCUGAGAUCUGCUGUCAGUCAGUGAAAUGACUUUGCUCACCCUCAAACACACACGCACACACACACACACACACACACACACACACACACACACACACACACACACACACACACACGGAGAGCCAUAGCACAGGUUCACAGCGUAUCGAUUUUGAACAGAUCAAAGUUUCUGCUGAGAAAAACUCCUUAGUGGUGCAUUACAGAAUAUCAGCAUAGACAAACAAGCAACAGUGGCAUAUCUGGCAACUAAUCCCCUCAGCUGUAAAAAUGAGAGUGUGCUUGUGUGAAAUCUCUGUUUUGUUUUGUUGUUUCCUUGAUGUGUGGAUGUGGGUGUGUUUUCUUGUUUCCCUGAAAAACUUUGUCUUUCCUCAAUUGUUGCCUUAGUGCUGACUGCCAAGCAAAAUCCUACAAAUACAGGACAGCAUAUACCCAACAUACACAUUAUCACAGUUCUCUUUCAGAAUCUUUAAUGAAGAAUUAUAGCUAAUUGAAUUUUUUCCUGUUUUAGUCCUUCAGCACGUAAAACCAACGAAUUAAACAUAGCAUUCGUCAUGAUUUUAGAUCAUCCUAAAUUACACAUACGGUUUAUAAGCAGGCCAGCAGGAAAGCUGUGACUCUGAAGUGUUUAUUUAUGGAGAUAUUCACUUUAUUUCAGUAAAUCUACAGAUGCGACAACCAUAAACAUCCUCAGUAUUUCUGAACAUGCAUUGCUCCAUUUUCUUAAACAAUAAAGUAUAACUAUCUCUCUAUAAAUAUGUAAAUCUAUAAUUCAAUAUAUUAUAGUGUUUGAGAAAAAUAUGCUUUAUUUUAGGGCAUUACGCUAGCUCUGUAUAAGAAAGAAAAGACUAAAGAAAGAAGACCUAUGAUGUGUUGAGUGUCGUUGUGAUAAGAUAUAUGGUGAGGUUCUCCAUACCUCAUCCUUUAUGUUGCUUCAAGGGUAAGGAGAUGUUUUUAUUUUGGGAUAACAAUACUAACUACAAAAAAUACAGCAACAAAAAAAAAACAUAUUGUGACCAAAUUAUUAAAGUAUAUAUACACAUAUAUACUUUCAACUGUACAUCCGUGUAGACGUAGAAAUGUGUGUUCUCUGUGAAAUCAGUUUAAAACAGCAAAGUAAGGUUCCAGAAAAAAGACUGUGUACAAAUGUAUGUUUUUGAUGUGUUCAAUUUUAACCAAUAAAAAUAAAGAAAAAAUAAGAUAACGAUA